UUUCAUUGCUUGUGCGUCCCACAGAAUGGCUGGCGCCUUGUUCCGUCGGUCACAAGGUCCCCCUGACGCGCAGACGAAACGGUAGGAUGGGUCACACGUAACGGCCCCUGUCCAAGUGAUUGGAAAGCUAUCGUAGGCUUACAAAACGUAUUUCUCUCUUCCUCUCCCACUAAUUCGCAUGGAUUGCUAUCACUCUCAAGCCAAGAAUAAUGCCGAUCGCUACGAUAUGACACCGAAAAACCGACAGAGUCCCCUUGCGUGUGCUAAUUGCCUUGAGCACAAAACUGUGUGCAACCCUUUGCCUGGCGGUCAAAAACAUUCGGCUUGCGAGCGCUGUGCCCGAAAGGCACUCCGUUGCGAGUUUGCGCGGGAGAAACCAUCGCACAAAUCGAACGAUGCUAUACCAACGACUUCGCGCACCACUCAGCACGCGUACUCUGAAGCUCCUCUUCCUCCUCCUGCUUCUCAUCCAGUCGAUCCCAGUAAGCCGCUGGUGAUACCAGGGCGCGUGCCGAAACUGCCCUACACUGGGCCACCGCCGUCAUUUUACGCCCCCCGCUACGCUGAUGGGCGGUAUCCGGAUCUUCGUCUCGAGUCAGAUUCGAGCCCAAGCCUACCCACGACUUCCACGACCCCUCCGACACCAUCGUACUGUGGCGCCGCGCCUGGUCCCCGUCGAGAGAUUCCCCAAUGGGGUUGGGCGCCGCAGUACCCUCAGCAAUAUCACCCGUUCAGCCAUUCUGCAUACGAGACUGCUCCCCACAGUUAUGACUGGGGGACGCAUCCGACUCCCAAGGACCCUGGAUACAACAGCUGA